AGCCUCCCUCCCACCACCUCUUCUCCCUCUCUCCUCCAACUGCCCAGGAGCGAGCAGCUGCUCUCGGCCGGCCCUGCCCAACGGACAGACACAGCAGACACACGGACAGCCCCAAGCCCACCAACUACCAGCCCGCACCUGGCUGCUUCGCCCCAGGCUUGAGCACCAUGCAGCCCCUGUGGUUCCUGGCCGCCCUGCUGGCCCUGGGCCAGGCCCUGCCCUUCGAGCAGAAAGGCUUCUGGGACUUCGCCCUGGACGACGGGCUGUUCAUGAACGACGAGGAGGCUUCGGGAGCCGACAGCACCUCUGGUGCCCCAGACAUGGACUCCGUGACACCCACCUUCAGUGCCAUGUGUCCUUUUGGCUGCCACUGCCACCUGCGAGUUGUCCAGUGCUCGGACCUGGGUCUGAAGAAUGUGCCCAAGGAGAUUUCCCCAGACACCACGCUGCUGGACCUGCAGAGCAACGACAUCUCUGAGCUCCGCAAGGAUGACUUCAAAGGCCUCCAGCACCUCUAUGCCCUUGUCCUGGUGAACAACAAGAUCUCCAAGAUCCACGAGAAGGCCUUCAGCCCCCUGCGGAAGCUGCAGAAGCUGUACAUCUCCAAGAACCACCUGGUGGAGAUCCCGCCCAACCUGCCCAGCUCCCUGGUGGAGCUGCGCAUCCAUGACAACCGCAUCCGAAAAGUGCCCAAGGGCGUGUUCAGCGGGCUCCGCAACAUGAACUGCAUUGAGAUGGGCGGGAACCCCCUGGAGAACAGUGGCUUUGAACCUGGAGCCUUCGACGGCCUGAAGCUCAACUACCUGCGCAUCUCUGAGGCCAAGCUCACUGGCAUCCCCAAAGAUCUCCCUGAGACGCUGAAUGAGCUCCAUUUGGACCACAACAAAAUCCAGGCUAUCGAGCUAGAGGACCUGCUGCGCUACUCCAAGCUGUACAGGCUGGGCCUGGGCCACAACCAGAUCCGCAUGAUUGAGAAUGGGAGCCUGAGUUUCCUGCCCACCCUGCGGGAGCUGCACUUAGACAACAACAAGCUGUCCCGGGUGCCUGUGGGGCUCCCCGACCUCAAGCUCCUCCAGGUGGUCUAUCUGCACUCCAACAACAUCACCAAAGUGGGCGUCAAUGACUUUUGCCCCAUGGGCUUUGGCGUCAAGCGGGCCUACUACAACGGCAUCAGUCUGUUCAACAACCCCGUGCCCUACUGGGAGGUGCAGCCAGCCACCUUUCGCUGUGUCACUGACCGCCUGGCCAUCCAGUUUGGCAACUACAAAAAGUAGAGGCAGCAGCAGCCACCAUGGUGGCCUUGGUGGGGAUCUCUGGGGAACACAGCCCACUGUCCUGGAGGGGAGGCUAAGUGAGGAGUGAAAGCCCCCACCUGUGGUCCCCUGCCCCGAAUCGCUGCCUUCCCUGGCUCCCAAACGUGCAGGUGGAUACAGGGCCUGGCCCCCAUCACCUGUCCCCUCAGCUUCAGAGCUGCCCUGCCCACCCACCAUGGACACCCAGAGGCGCCCCUGAGAAGCUUUCUUCUUGCUCACCCUGAAACCCCAGUCCUAGGGAGCCCAUCUUUGGGGGCAGGGGGUAUUGGUAGGGACAGAGUCAGGGGCUCCCUACCCAGGCAGGUGUUCCUUCUCCUCCUCACCUGUCCCAGGCGUCGGGGCCCCCAGGGUUCGGGGUCGCCACUCCACCAAGUUCUCAGCUUGUCUGCUGCAGCCACCUUGCUCUGCUGGCCCGGAACCAGCCCCUUGUCUCUCCCCUCUCCCCCUCAGUCUGUGUCAUGCUUCCUGACAUACUUCUCCCUUUGGGGCUCCGUGACCUGCUCACUCCUGGAUCUGAUUUGUUCACACAUAUACACACACAUACACAUGUGCUCAUGCUCUGACCCUCGGCCCUGGGCUGGCUCUGCUCUUUGUUGCAGGCCCCUGCCCAAAUAAGUGGGGGCCAGCUGCCCCCAGCCACUCGAUCCCAGUCUUGCCUUGCUCUGGCCCUGGGGAGGUGGGAAGGUGGAGGCCAGACCUGCACAGGUUGCCUGGGGAGGCAGCCAUGUACCCCCAUGAGAAGUGAUCCCUCUGUCCCCCAGGAGGAUCGGCAUGCCGCCAGAGUCCCCCCUUGAUGGCUAGUCCCCCCCCCCUUGCCUUCUGGUCGCUGCUGUGGUGGGGAUGUCAGUCACACCCAGCUCAAGGAGGGCUGCUUCUGAGGUUGGUUGUCCUUUAAUUAAAAAAACACUGUGCAAUAUG